AUGACUUUGGACACAAAAGGAAUGGGAAUUUCUCCGGAUCCUCACCGCAGGCGCAUGCCGUGGACGGCCGAAAAGAAGCGUGUGCCCGGUGUUGUUCAUAGCUCCAGGGAAAAGAUGGUGUUGGAUGGUGCACGACGAGUGGAUGUGGAUUGCGUUGACCGUGCAUCGCAGGUGUAUCCGCUGGAGGCAUUGCCGGCGACUGUGGCCAGUUACGAGUACAAUACAUUUAGAGGAAAGAACAUUUUUGAAUUGGCUUCUCAGGCGGAAUUAAAUGCACUCAGGCAAUGGGUUUACUGCAAGGAGUGGCAGGAGGGGACGCACGACGAGAACGCCACUCGCACCGCCAUUCAUUUCCAUCGCCACGGCAGCAACGCAGCAUCAUGCUACUACACGACGUCUCACGGCGAAACCACGACGCAGCCCGCGCCAAUACGCCUUGCGGAUUUUCCGGGGUGA